AUGAACAUUGUAAUCACUCUUGUGUCUUUGAUCGUCUUCGUCAACGUUGGCGACGUGCAUUCGGUCGACGAUCCUGAAUUUGUCUUCCCCGAUGUUUUCAACGAUCCCGAGAGAGAUGCUUUCCUCUACGGGACGUUCCCCGACGAUUUCUUUUGGAGCACGGCGACGUCGUCCUACCAGGUCGAGGGAGGUUGGAACGCAGAUGGAAAGGGAGAGAGUAUUUGGGAUACUUUUACACAUAAAGGUGGUCACGUGAAGAACAAUGAUACGGGAGAUGUUGCUUGCGACAGCUACAACAAAUACCAAGAUGACAUCGACAUCGUGAAGGGCUUGGGCCUCAACGCUUACCGUUUCUCCAUAUCCUGGCCACGAGUCCUCCCCGACGGCACCAUCGACAACAUUAACGAAGCCGGCAUCACGUAUUACAGCAACCUAAUCGACGCCCUAAUCGCAGCUAACAUCACCCCCAUGGUCACCCUCUAUCACUGGGACCUACCACAGGCUCUCCAUUACGACGGGGGCUGGGAUAACGAGACUAUCGUCGACCGUUUCAAUGACUACGCCAACCUCUGCUUUGAGAGGUUCGGCAACCGCGUCAAACUGUGGAUCACGAUUAAUGAGCCAUGGGUGGUGUCGGUGGCAGGAUACGGUACUGGAGAUCUCGCCCCUGGCAUCAAAGGGAUAGGAACCACAGUCUAUACAAGCGGUCACAAUAUCAUCAAGGCGCAUGCCAAGGCCUGGCAUACAUACGAUGAUAAUUACAGACAGAGUCAAACCGGACAAGUAGGAAUCACGUUGAAUGCCAACUUUAUCGAACCUAUUGACAGUGACAACCAAACUAGCGUGGAAGCGUCUGAACGUAGCCAGCAGUUCAACCUUGGCUGGUACGCCCAUCCUAUCUUCAUCAAUGGAGAUUAUCCCGAGGUCAUGAAGGACAGGAUUGGGCAGAAGAGUAUGGCCCAAGGGUUUAACAAGUCCCGGCUGCCAGAGUUCACCGACGAGGAAAAGGCGUACAUCAAUGGCACGAGUGAUUUCUUCGGGUUGAACCACUACACGUCCAACUACGCCUGGGAUCUUGGAUUGAACUUGAACUCUGACCCAAGCUAUUUGGCUGACUCUGAUGUGGGCACCAUGCAGGAUGAUGCAUGGCCCACCUCGGCCUCGAGCUGGCUGCGGGUGGUGCCGUGGGGUAUCCGGAGACAUCUGGCGUGGAUCAAGAAGGAGUACGGUGACCUGCCCGUAUACGUGUUGGAGAAUGGUUACUCGACGGAAGAUGUAUAUGAGCUUGAUGACGUCAUGAGACAAAAGUAUUACACAUCCUACAUCAAUGAAGUUCUUAAAGGUGAGAGGAUAUGA